CUAUCAAAUAUGUGGCUAUUUUGAAAAUCUAUCAACUCUAUAAAUUAAUAUCGCAUUUGAUUUGACAAGUUAUAUUAUGAGGAACACUCGACGGGUUUAUUGUCAUAGCUGUUUGAGGAAUUAUUAAAGUUCUUAGAGAAUACAUUUAUGAUACCAGGAAAAUAAUUCAGACAAAAUUAAGCGAUUUUAAGUGGAAAAGAAAAAAAAUAAGAAUUCAAAAAGGGAUAUCAGCAAAAAUGAAUUCUUUAUCACAUUUGUAUCCGGUAACAGAAAAAGGGACUCGAAAGCCAAAAUGUGCACGGUGCAGGAACCAUGGAAUGGUAUCCUGGUUAAAAGGACAUAAAAGACACUGUGAUUUCAAAGACUGCACGUGCGCCAAGUGCAAUUUAAUCGCGGAACGUCAACGUGUGAUGGCAGCACAAGUUGCUCUUAAAAGGCAGCAAGCAACGGAAGAUGCUAUCGCCCUGGGUAUCAGAGCAUGUGCAGGGACCGAGAGUGCUUUACCAAUAAUGACUCAGGGGCCACUAUGGGGCCCGGGAACUGUGGCACCGCCGUCAUCAAACGCAGAAAGGGAAAAUAAUGAAAGACUGUCGAGAUCACAGCCUAGUCCUGAUAGCAGAUCUGAAGACGAAGACGACGUGAGCGUCUGCUCCGACGAAGACCAACAUUUCACUAAACCAGAAGACUGCCACAGACGUAUCCCGACACCCAAUGCGGCUGAUAAGCAGGAUGGGAAAUGUGACGAAAGGGACUCAAUAAUUAAAUCAAAUAUCAUAAAACCGGCGGCUUUCACACCCGGUCGUCUGACAAACUUAGAGAUCCUGGAAAGAGUUUUCCCGCUACACAGAAAAUCUGUUCUUGAACUUGUUUUACAAGGAUGUAAUGGUGAUCUUGUGAAAGCUAUUGAACAGUUUCUAUCAGCUCAGGAUACUAUCGAUGCCCAUGGGAAAAUAGACGUUACUAAAGCACCAAAUUUUAGGUUUAGCCCUUAUUCGAACCAAUCUCAUUGGAUUCAAGGUUCAAAUUCACAAUUUGGCUCUGCGCAUUCGCAUGCACUGGACUUAAAAUCAGCAUUUAAGCCAUUACCUAAUUUGCCCGGAUUGUCUGGACUCCAUUCAGCGUUUUUACCUGGAUACCCAACAUUGUCGUCUGCUAAUCCAUUGACGUCACACUUUACUCCGGGACAGUACUCAAGCGCCAAUCUUGGACUUCCGUUUCCGCACGGAACAUAUUCAGGACUUCCCGGCUAUACGGGUGCUAUGAAUGGACUAAUCGGCACACCAUUUUCACUUUUUCCUUACCGCAGCAGUGAAGCGAGAGACUUAACAAAAAUGGCAGAAAGAGAUUCAACCACGGACAUUGAAAAGAAAUAAGAAUUCUUGAUAAUUCAGUGAUAAACAUGAUAAUAAAGGCAAUAAAUCAAAAGACAUCGAUUAUUUGUGUCUGAAAUAAAGCAGACGUAUUAAAAAAGCAACGAUCUUAAGAAACGUUGACAUGAAUAGGAACCUGCCUUUUUCGAUAAAACGUAAUCUUUGAUUCUUGUGUACACAUACCGUUUAUACUCAUUUGUAUGGUAAAUGUUGUAUUUAUUCAUAAUAAAGAUUAUAAUACUU